GGCGGUUGCGCGUCAUUUAGCGCAGAAACCCAAGCCAAUGGCUCACUCGUCAACCAACAGGACGCAGCUGCGCCUCCCUACCCCGCGUCCAUUCCCCCUCUACCUGAUAUUUUUACACCUCGUUCCUACUUUGCUCACUGGUUCCAAACAUUAGCGAGCUCUUUGGGAGCAUGUCUGCUAUCCAGGCUCUGGAGCAGUGGUGCCGGUCUCAGUGUGACGGCUACCGGGACGUGAACAUCACUAACAUGACGACGUCGUUUCGGAGCGGACUGGCCUUCUGCGCCCUCAUCCACAAACACAGACCCGACCUCAUAGAUUACGACUCUCUCCGCGUGGAGGACGUGUUUUACAACAACAAGCUGGCUUUUCAGGUGGCCGAGGAGAAGUUGGGGAUUCCAGCUCUGUUAGACGCAGAGGACAUGGUGGCCUUAAGGAUCCCCGACAGACUGAGCAUUCUCACCUACAUCUCGCAGUAUUACAACUACUUCAAAGCACAACCACACAGAGUGAAACAUUCGGCGCAGAGCUCCAAGGAGUCCCCGUCAGAGAAGAAAAAUCUCCCACUGCAUCCCAAAGCCUCGCCAACCAAAACCGCCAUCAAGAAUCAGGCUCCUCCCCCUGUUCCCGGCCGGACAUCUCCCAAAUUGGCCAAAGCUGCCGCUCAGAAGCUGGACACCAGCAAAAGUGGAUCCCUCAACAGCAAAUGCGUGGCUUGCAAGAGUCACGUUCACCUGGUCCAACGACACUUUGUGGACGGCAAGCUCUUUCACAGGAGCUGUUUCAUAUGUUGCGAGUGUUCGGGUACGCUGCACGCGGGAGGCUACAAACCCGGAAAGAAUCCCGACACAUUUGUUUGCCGCAUACACCCCGACAAGACUUCCAAACCUCCCACCGAGGCUUGGCUCAAGUCGCCGUCCAUCUUGUUAGAAAGCGUCAUCAGCAUGCAACCGGCGCCUUCUUCCAAACCCGUCCGUCUCGUCCCCCCGAUUCAAUGCUGGACCACCUCGGCACAGAAGACUCAAGCGGCGCGGCAGAACUUUCUCCAAGCGGCGCCCCCGCCGGCGCCUGUGGCACUCCCGCAAUGGCCGCGCAUGGAUGCGGGCAAAGCGGGGAAGAAAAUGGCCGAGCAAAACUGCAACAAUAACAACAAACGUCUGUUUACGAUUCGCUCGGCAGAGAAACGCUUUGGAGCAGAGUCCAGUCCAGGUGAAAUUUCCACUCCGCCAAAAGUCGACUGCAGUAAAAUCCCAGCGAGAAAUUUUCGCCCUGAGGUGAUCAAAUGUAGCACCACGAGGUCGACGGCUCCCAUAGAUCCUCCCAAGCCGAAAUGUGUGGAAACCCGAGCGGAGCCGCUAAGAAAAGCCGCAGAAUCUGCCAGAAAAGAACAUCAGCAUGAUUUCACGUCCACGGCGUGCUCCGGCGUCCCAACCGGCAACUCAAAGACUCCCCCCGCGACUCCAGUGGCUCGACCGCCUCCUCAUCCUGUUUUUUUUUCACCAGCAGGCUACGUGCAUCUUGCCGAUCCUGCCAGGAGGCGCUCGCCUGUCAAAUCGUCCGCCAGAUGGCCAACUGCGGAGUCCAUUAGCUCGCCGACCUCCAAGGGAGACGUCCCAUCAGGCGCUAAAAAGGGAACGUAUUUGUCGCCCACCAACGCCUCCGGCGCUGAAAUGAGGUCACCCUCCGACUUGAAUGAGCUUUGUUUUUAUAUCAGCGCACGACUUAUCACAUCCCGGCGGAGCGGAUUGAGAGCGAGCUGGACGACAUCGAGACGAACCUGGCGCUGCUGGAGAAGGAAGGGGUGGAGCUGGAGAGGAAGCUUCGCCGUUGCGAGGAAGCCUGCAGUCUUUCGAAGUAUGAAUGUAGAUUCAUGGAGCAAUAGGUUUUGGUGGCUUCCAGAGGGCGAUGGCGAGCUCCUGAUGGACCCACUGAUGGUCGACUGGUUCAAACUCAUCCGAAAGAAACAAAUGUUCAUCAGGAAAGAGUCGGAACUUGUCUACACAGCGAGGGCUCGGGAGCUGGAGCGGCAGCAGCUGAACGUCGAGCGGGAACUCCGCAGGCUGCUGGAGAAGCCGGAUGGCGUCAAAUCGGCCGAGGAGCGAGUGCGGGAGAAGAUGCUGCUGCGCAAUCUGAUGGAGAUCGUGGACGGCAGGAACGCCAUCGUGAAGGUCCUGGAUGACGACCGCCUCAGGGAAUUGGUGGAGGACGAGCAACUGAACGCAAUGAUGGAAAAUUUAGGAGUAAAGAAAGGCAAACCUAAAAGGAAAUCCUCCAUUUCAAAACUAUUUGGUCGAAGAAGUAAGCGACGGGUGGAAUAAUAUUCCAAAUGUUUGAAACAUUGAUGUCAUCGUGUGCAUAAAGUGGGAUACUGAUUUUAACAUUUUAACCAAAUUCAUUGUAGCUGAAUUUAAGAUUUGUGAAAAUUGAUUGAUUUAUAAUAUGUUGUAGAGUAAGAUUUAACAAAUGAAUUCAUUAAUUUUCAAUCUCAGAUGGCCACCGAGCGUCACAUGACCACGGCUCAGAAAAUAGUCGUGAACAAGCCGUGUUUGCUGCAAUAACAACUACAGGUUAAUGUGAUCGUUUCUGGCACGAAACCAACAAAUCGUCAACCCACAAUUAUGCUUGUUAUGACAGGUAGAGAUAUGCUAGCAGUUAUGCUAGGUAUCGCAACCUAUUUUUGGGAUUGAUGACAUGAUGGUGUCACGUCAGAAAUAAUGUACCAACUCAUAGUUCAGCUAGUUAUGCUAGCUAUGACUGCUCGUUCUGCCAGCAGCUAUGCUAGUAUUCGUAGCCUAACUAUGGGCUGAUGUUAUGAUAUGCUCUCAUGUCAGACAAUCAGGUAGUUUGUAGUUAUGCUAGCUAUUGAAGCUAGUUAUGCCCGCAGUUACGCUAACUAUCGUAGCGAAUUAUUCCCGCAACUACGGCUUGAUGGUUACGUGUCGGAUGCCAUCAUGUUCAAUAUUCUUGCAAAAAAAAUAUGUUGCUGUUGAGUUCCACUUUAGCACUUGCUGCCUCUGACUGAUUUCCAAGCAUGUAGGGGAGGAAAAAUCACUCCCACCACACGGCAAGAUAAUCGCUCAGGAUAAUUAUUCCGGGACAUUCCACAAUUGUGCCUUUUCUGACUUUGAUUGGUAGUGUAAAAAAAAAAAAAAAAGCUAAAAUUAGCCCCGAUGACCGGCAUGUGUGCACGCCGCUCUGGCAGGAUUACUGCGACAAUGCAGCAUGAACAAUUUUGUAAAAACCUUUACAUCGGCUGAGGUGUGGACUCCCUUGGUGCUCUUGUUUGUAUUCUUUUUUUGACUGCAAUGUAAAAGACAUCCAAUUUUGGAAGCCAUAUUGUUGUCUUGAUUAUUCACACAUUAUUAGUUUGCUGUCACUUACUCAUAUUACACACACACACACCUACCCGGCAUCCUAUAUUUAUUCUUUCACGUCUAGCUUUUGAUAAUAGCUUGUCACUCUGCGCUACCUGAAUGAAUCAUUAAUCUUUUACCCCAAAAAAUGCAGCCAAUCAGGUGGCGCGAGGUCAAAAGUAGGUCGUGGGCUGUCGAAAUCAUUCCUGGUGCAUUAUGUGCAUAUUAGACACACGUGUAAUCCUUCCACAGUCUCCCAGCCAAAUUGAAAUUAUUUCAUUAAUAAUUUCAAUAAUGGAUUUUAACAAAUUUUCUGUAACGACAUUAGCAGGGGAAGAAGACAGAGAGGGAUGUGGGAAGACUAAGGGGGGGGGGGGGGUCUUGUUAAUUAAGGAAGCCACACGUGUUGAGCAGGCUCCAUUUUGUACUGUAGGUGGCAGCCUGGCUAUGCUCUAUCACACACAUUCUUCUUAGACAGGCACACACACACACACACACACACACACACACACAUAGCCACCACUUGCAAAAUCCAAUUUGCCACACUUGCAGACAGUUAAUUUCUUUGCUAAUUUUAUAAAUGCUGCGGAGAAAGAAAAAAAAAAGGAGAGAGAGCGCAAGUUUGAGCCGUGCCGACGCAGUAGCGCUAUAUGAAAGAGGAUUAGCUGCGGCGCUAGCUUAUGGCGGCCAAGGCUUAUAAACUAUAGUGCGGCCUUAUCACACCUCUGACGUGCUUUAAUUAAACAUUACUCUGUACUAAUAUCUGCGCGGCGAUUGUGCCGCACCUGAAUGUGCGGCCUCCUCGCUUUUCGCAUUUUUAGCUUGGAAAGGAAGGCGCGCUGUAGCAACUUUAAACUUUGGUGUCCAAAAAAGCCUUUGAAGAUUAGCCUCUGUGUGCGCGUGUGCAUGAGGCGGAAUUAUGGCGCGAAAGCUGAAGAGUAUUCACACAUAUGCGGCACAUACAGGCAAGUUAUUGUACACCCCCCCUUUUUUUAACAUUUUUAAUAUUUUACUCCGCCCACUUUUUCUCGCCUCCCCAUUUCUCAGCCAAUUUUAAACCCUUCAAAUUUGAAUAGAUUCCAAACCAUUCCGGAAGUGAAGAACGACUUUCCUCAUGUCUUGAAAAUUCCUGCUUUUCCGCAGAAUUCCACAUGUUUUACACACCAAAAUCUCAUCCAAGACAGUCAAUUCAAGUAUUUUGCACUACAAAUUUAAAUUAUUCACAUCUCGGGGAGCUCUUUUCAACACUCCAUUUUAAUCCCUUAUAUUCCUCACAAUUCACACUUUCCACUAUUCAUUUCACAAAUGUAACCAUUAUUUUACAUCUUGACAUCCUCCUUUCACAUUUCUUGACCCAAACCAUUUCAACUUUCAGCCAGCAUUCCACAGUUUACCUAAUUGCUCUUCAGCAUUCGCACGCAAUUUCUCCUAAAAUUCCGUUCUGUAGUUUACUUCCAAUCCUCUUUUGCUGACGCACAUCUUUGUUUUAAAAAUGCCUUUUUUCCCCCUCAAUUUUAUUUAUUUUUUAAAUUUUAUUUUGGGCCAAGCAACUCUACAUGAAAGCAAAAGUAAGAUGUAGAUGAACUGCAACAGAUAUGACACACGGCUCACGUCGAGAUGCGUGAAACGGUGAUCACAAAGUCGGAACUGAGUUCUGAGAGGAUGUUUGGUGUGUUAAAAAAAAAAGAGGAAGAA